AUGGCGCGAGAUGCCCCUGCAGAUACCGCAGGCCCGUCAUCUCCCCCGCCUCAACUUCCUGAAGGAUGGCUGGCGCAAUGGGAGGGAGUCCAGCGCAAGUGGUACUACGUCCAGCGAACGACUGGCAAAUCGCAAUGGGAGAUUCCAACUGAGCCAGUUGUACUGACGCCAUCGACAACACCCAUAUCUAUCGGCACUGGUCCUUCGCAAGCACCACCCUCGAGACCAUCAACAAACAGCCCGCAAGUUAGGCAGGAAAACACACUGGCUGAGCGGAUAGGCUCUUUGGCGGACGGCGCGAGAAUUUCCAGCUCUAUGGAUGCCCAGCUUAAUGCGCAAUCUCAAAACCCCCCGCAUGGGUCCUCGGAGACGGGAUGGUAUACGAACCAACUCGGGCAACACUUCCUAUAUCACCAUGGGCAACGCCUCGUACCUGGUCAUGGCGGGUAUAACGCGGAAUCACAGCAGCGGGGUUAUUCUCAAAACACGGGUAUGGGUCCAACGGGGGCUUAUUCGAAUCACCCUCAGCAAGUUAUGGGUCAACAGGCCUUCGGACAGCCAUACCUUAGGACACACUGGGUCGGCAAUGGAGACGGCGCUCAGGGUCAAUCAGGUUCCUACAACCUGGACCAUACCAAUAACCCAUACCAAGGUCAUGCUCCGGGACCCAUCCCAUUCCGCCAACAGUCGGCACAAGGUGCUGCUGCGGGCCAUUUGCCUAACCCCGGAUCUGAACACCGCCCGUCUGAACCUGCAUGGCAGGUGUCACAUCAACCCGUUCUUUCGAACCCCGGGUCGCAGUGGACGGGCUCUUCAAAUCUACCACAGCUUUAUUUUGGCUCACAAUAUACGCCACAGGCUAUGGGUAGCUCUACGAGUAACAUGGCUCCCCAAUCUUCGCAUUUCUCAAAUCCUUUGAACCUAAGCGGCGAGCCCAGUGACGGCCGAACAGGACCUGAACCCAUGCACGGGUCAUUCAAUACUCAUUCCGGGGGCCAGUUACAGUCACCCAUGGGGUAUCCACUAGACGGAAGUCAUUCCCAACAGGUUGCAUCUUUUUAUCAGCAAGGCUUCUCAGAUCAAGCUGCAGGGGCACAUUCUGCACAGGGCUAUCAGUCGCAGCCUUCGAGUGCACACGGGCAAUACCACAGUACUAGCAUGGCACGAGCACAAUCUGGACCUGGCUUUGGCGCGCUCGGCUUUCCCGCUGUCCCCGAUACGCACGGCAAUUCUCACCAGUAUCAGAACCCCCUUGUUCAGGUAGGGGCUCAACAGUACUUGCCUCAGCAGCAAGCUGACCACCUUGGCGCCACCCACCAAUACCAUCCUGGCCCCCCGACAGUCCAACAAGGCCAACGCUCGGGUGCCCCAGCUUCCUCGCGGAUAGCAACAUCAGAUCCUCAAUUCAUCAGCGGCCCCUGGGCAUCAUCGACUCCACCCAGCUCCGGGGCGGGGCAGCCAUCUCAGCAGGGCUGA